CGCGGGCAGGAUCGGUUGUGUAAACACUUUUGAAAGACCCUAUCAGCGCGCGGGGCGCCACGUUUGAUCUGUGAACGGGCUCGGGCGGGUGCUGUGCCCCGGCAGUGAGCCACGCACGCCAUGGAGUCUGUGGGUCGGCAGGACCGCCGGCUGCGUGAGCAGCUUAAUGAAAGCCGUAGCCGCUUCCAGACGUUAAUGCAGCGGCUGUUAGCGAAGUACAACCAGCCCUUUGAGGACGACCCGUUGGUGCAGAUGACGACGUUGACCUACCAGACGUCCCAGGGAUUGAGAGUUUGGGGAGGAAAGCUGAUGACGAAAGGAAACCAGGAAUGCACUCAGAACGCAGAGAAGAGAGGUGGAAAAGACACAGUCAUGACUUGGGUUCCUUCUGUGACCUCACCUGUCACACCAGCCACUGGAUGCCAGGAUGGUAUCUCUGCAAAGAGCUCUGGUGGUCCUAAAGUAUCUGCUUUGUCCUCCAGAGGCCAGGGUCCCUCAUACCCUUGCCCAGCUGACAUGGCCAUUGUGACUAGAAAUGACAGCCUCUCCUUACUUGAGACCAGCAGCAACUGUGUAAGCAACCAGUCCUUUGAGGUUGAUGACAUUUGCAAUGUGACAAUCAGCGAUUUGUAUGAAGGAAUGAUGCAUUCCAUGAGCAGGCUGCUGCACUCAAAGCCAUCCUGCAUCAUCUCCACCAAGACCUACAUCAACCAGAGCUGGAAGCUCAGGAGGAGACCCUCAUGCAAACAGGGGCCGCACAAGAACAGGACGUACUGCCCCCGGAGCAAGGCCUCCCAGAGGAGCACCUUGAAGGGGCCCUCGCCCUCCUCAGAGCCCGGGAAAGAGGCCGGAAUAUUAAGAGACUACAAGAACUUACCGCACGUUGCUCCCCACAAGACAGGCUUAGAACUGAAAAGCGAUUCUCUUGAAGGAAGCAAAUGCCAAGUCCAUAAAUUCAGUCCAGCUUGGAAGGAGCUCCAGAUGAUGCCGCAGAAGGGCUUGGACUUAAACCUUCAGCAAGAAAAUAGGGCGAUGGCAUUACAGUGGCUAAUUUCACCCGUCAAAAUGGUUCCCAGACCAAGGAUGCUUCCAAGUCAAGUAGAGAAGUGGUAUAGAGAGAUUAAAAUCAAAUUUGACAAACUUCAUCAGGAAUAUUGUGUGUCUUCUGGGAAACAGUCUCACCUGACUGGUCCCACAGAGUCUUGGGCUGUGGAUGUGUACAGAAGUGGUUCUAAAAGCCCAGGCAGCCGUCAGGGUGUAGAAACCCGCAGGCUGAGUUCCCCUUUCAGCAGAGUAAAGACAGAAAGGCCAGGUGAAGCCUUAGAAGACCUGAGGGGAAAGUCUGUCAAAACAAAUGGCUGUCUUCUAAGGAGCAGUCCCUCUCCAGAGGGCAGCCUGUCUCAGAGCCCUGGCCAUUCUCAGCAGAGCUCUGACCUCCAACACAAUUCUCAACCAACUGGAAAGGCAGUAUUGCCCAGCACAGCUAUUUCAGCACCGUGCAUAGAUUCUCCAGGCCGUGGGAAGAAUAACUAUGAUGAGCUUAAAAAAGAAUUUAACAGACUUUAUCAGAAGUAUUGCCUGGUGUCACCACAGCGAGCAAAGGUGACUUCGUGUGGCAGAGUAUCGCCAAUGAAAGCUACUGUAGCUGUUCCCUGUCAAACAGAGCACUUGAAGAGACUAAAUCCAGACUCCCCACUACAGAGUUACCAGAAAUGGUCAUUAUCUCCUGGCUGUCGAAUAAGAGUCCUACAGGAUUCAACUGCAGUUGAGGCUCACACGUCUGCACAGACUGCUAGUGCACUUGUGAGAGAGCCUUGGCUGUCAACAAAGAGGCGCAAGUUGUCAUACCCGGUAGCUUGUGCUCACCAGGCCAAGUCUCAGGAUUCCUCAGGAGCAUCAGGCUGGCCCUGAGUGUCCUGACUGCUGAUUGGCUGUUUGUUGGACAUGGUGCUUAUGUGUAGUCAGCAGCUGCUUUGAGGGAGACCUCGGCAGACACUUGUUUCUCCUUCUGGAGGAGGGGCCCAGGGCAUCCCGUGUACUGAGCAGUCUUUCACUGCAGCUACCCGGCCUCUGUCCAGCUACCUCCCCUGCUCCGUACCACAGCAUCAUCUCUGUCCUUUCUUGUGGGAUGUUGGUGCCUUGGGCUUCUCUAGCCAGCCUUGGCCAUUAUGGUGUCUCUUAGUGUUAUUCAGGGGAUUCUCAAUGGCAGUUUUCCUCUUGAUUUGCAUUACUUACAUUGU